UUAUAAAAAGAUAAUUACAAAUAAAAAAGGUGUGUUGUUUUGGAGAAUUUGAAGUAAACUAUUAAAACAUUGUCUGAGUUUAAAAAAAAUUUGCUCAUCAAUUUUCAUAUUUUGUCGUUUGAAAGAAACUCGAACAAUUACCAAAAAUUUUUCCAUUCCAGGACUAUUGUGAGAAAUGAAGGGAAAAUUGUUUAUUUUACUACUUUGUGCAGCUGCUUUGGCGAACAAUAACAAUGGUAAACAAAAUGAGCAUAAUGCUCAAAACUUAUCAAUGUUGUGGGAAAAAAAAUUCAAUAAAAUACUGUAUGUGAAUUUCCUUUUGUAGCUUUACAAAUUGCAAAGAGAGAAACGUCUACCGAUGUCAAUACAGAAGUGUGCGAUAACAAAGCUAUCGGUCCUUGGAGCGAAAUUUUAGAAGAAUGGAUAAUGUCUAAUGGCAGUUCGAGGGGAUCGCGAGAAAUCAAACUUGGCGAUUCAACGCUGAGAAUUACGAAUCCGAACAAAGUGCAUCCAUCGCAAAAUGGCAACAAACAAGUUUCUGAAACGGAUCUCUAUUUAUUGGGAUCAAUAGAAAAAUUAGUUUAUAAAAUGGACUUUUUGGAAAAACGAGUGAAAAGAACAGAGGAAUUGUUAUAUUAUGUGAUAUCUGGAAACAACAAAGCCAAGCAACCGUGUGCCAAAAAUUUCACUCGAGUCGGUCAAUUCUGCUACCACAUGAGCAAUCGCGAAUACGAUUGGAAGUCAUCGGCGAGCCUGUGCCGAGCGAUGGGCGGCAAUCUGGUCGAGUUCGAAUCCAUCGAGGAGAAUCAGGACGUCGUGGCGAUGCUGCAGAGCGACAAGAAAAUCCGAAAAAGCUACUGGACCGGCGGUCUGAACCCGGGUCUUCUGUGGAUUUGGGCGGCGAGCGCCAGACCCGUGCAUCACGACACCAAGCAGAAUGUCAUCGGCGACGGAAGGUAAAAUCUUAAGACGUGUUAAACAUCGAUUUUAAAACCGGUCGAAUCAUUGUUUUACUUUCUAUACAGAUGCCUGAAACUCGAGUACGAACCAUCGUCGAGAACAUACAUGUACCGGGGUGAAGACUGCAGCCAGAAGCACAGAUUUAUCUGCGAAUUAUCGAACGAUGACGAAUCGGUGAACAAAAUCGAGCGCAUAGCUAAGGAUAUAUUGGUAGAUAGUUAAUUGCAACAUCGAAGAUAAUCAUUGUAAAAAUACAUCUCGUUAUCGACUGUUAAAAGAACCAUACUCAUCAGAAUUACAAAUAAAUCAUUAUUAAAUGUAUCACAUAUCGAUUUAUGCAUAUCCUUUUAUCGCUCGCUGAUAACUGAGCCAAAAAUCACGUUCGACUAUGCUACAAAAAAGGCCGUUACCAUAGCAACUGAAGUAUAGUUACUUCACUUCUUCUUUUAGCGCUACAUCUAUCACUUGUACUUCAUUUAUUAAUUUGAAGUUUAUGAAUUCAAUCACAUCAUUUAUAAAAAUUUCAAACAUAAUGGAAAGUACUGAAAAUGUUCAUACUUGAAACGUUAAUACCCUUAUGCUUCACCUCCGAUGCAAAUAAAGUUAUCAUUUGUGCAUAAAAAUUUCGUAAAAAUAGUCACUAUAUUUAAAUUAAAAAAUAUUUCAUUAAAAUCUUGAAAU